GCCACACGCAACUCAACUGUACCAGCAUGUGCCGGAGACACGCUGGCCCAUCGUGUAUUCACCACGCUACAAUAUAACCUUCAUGGGCCUGGAGAAACUGCACCCCUUUGACGCGGGAAAAUGGGGCAAAGUGAUCAGCUUCCUAAAAGAAGAGAAGCUUCUAUCAGAUGGCAUGCUGGUGGAGGCGCGGGAAGCUUCGGAUGAGGACCUGCUGGUGGUGCACACAAGACGCUAUCUCAACGAGCUGAAGUGGUCCUUUGCUGUUGCGACCAUCACAGAGAUCCCCCCUGUCAUCUUCCUCCCCAACUUCCUUGUGCAGAGGAAGGUGCUGAAGCCCCUCCGGACCCAGACGGGAGGAACCAUCAUGGCAGGGAAGCUGGCCAUGGAGCGAGGCUGGGCCAUCAAUGUGGGUGGCGGCUUCCACCACUGCUCCAGUGACCGGGGCGGCGGCUUCUGCGCCUAUGCGGACAUCACACUGGCCAUCAAGUUUCUGUUUGAGCGAGUGGAAGGCAUCUCCAGAGCCACCAUCGUUGAUCUCGAUGCCCAUCAGGGCAAUGGGCACGAACGGGACUUCAUGGGUGACAAGCGCGUGUACAUCAUGGACGUCUACAACCGCCACAUCUACCCCGGGGACCGCUUUGCCAAGCAGGCCAUCAGGCGGAAGGUGGAGCUGGAGUGGGGCACGGAGGACGAUGAGUACCUGGAUAAAGUGGGGCGGAACCUCCAGAAGGCCCUCCAGGAGCACCCACCCGACGUGGUGGUGUACAACGCAGGGACCGACAUCCUGGAAGGGGACCGCCUUGGGGGGCUGUCCAUCAGCCCACAGGGCAUCGUGAAGCGGGACGAACUGGUGUUUCGGGUGGUCCGUGGCCGCCAGGUGCCCAUCCUCAUGGUGACCUCGGGAGGAUACCAGAAGCGCACGGCCCGCAUCAUUGCUGACUCCAUCCUUAAUUUGUACAGCCUCGGGCUCAUCGGGUCCGAGUGCCCCAGCGUCUUGGCACAGAACUCGGACACACCUCUGCUGCCGCCUGAGGUGUCCUGACCACGCCGCUGCCCUUCUGCUCUUCUGCGCGGCCCCCCGCCUGCCUCGGCCCCGCCCGCCCCUCACUGCUUCUCCUUUUCUAACCACGGGGGCGGCGGGGGGCGCAGCUGCCAGGAGGCGCUAAGGGGCAGGGGCCUGUCCCUGACUGGGCCGGCCUUGGGGGCAGCCCCUCCGCUCUCCCCAUUGGGUGUCAGGGGGUCUCCAGGCCCCUCUGUGGGUGGGGGCGGAAGGCAGGGCCUGAGUCCCAGAAGACCUCACAUGGGGUCACCGUCUGACCAGGCCCUGCAGAGGCAGGCAGUUUCGCAAGGAGGGAGGACGGCAGGUGAGGCUUUGGGGGCACAAGUCAUGGGAUUUGUUCCACCCUCUCCUCCUGAUGUCAGGGAGGGCCCGAGGGGCCAUGGGUGCCCAUGUGGGUGGGGCUGAGAGCUGGGUGCUGCAGGUAAGCCUCUGCUGGGGUGGGCUCUGGAUUCCCAGCCAGCAGG